CAGGCAGGGAAGCUGCGUGUUUAACCCUAACCCCUCCACACCUACUCCUCCCCCGAUCCCCUCCCUUGAUUAUCAUUCGGACAAGAGGGAAUUUCCCGCACAUCAGCAUGUCCGCAUUCUAAGCAGGACGUUACCUUAGAGAGUUCAAUUAUAUUUUAUGUACCCGUCCUUAUAUCUACUUAAGCUACAUUGUCCCAAUUGACUUAGUAUUUGAACGAAAUACCUCCUAACUUCAUGUUAUUUUUCGUUUUUGGCUAAGGAAAUAAGUUGAGCUAUGGCUGAGGCAUCACAGGCUCAUAUUGAGGUCGAUCCGGUCGAGGUUGAUGAAGACCAUGACUCGGUUAUCUCGGACGACGUCUCGGCCUUGACUGCCUCUAUUACAUCCAGCAUUCUCGACUAUCCCGUCGAGAACGGCCGCCGCUAUCAUGCCUUUCGGUCUGGAGUCUACUGCCUGCCGAACGAUGAGCUUGAGCAGGACCGCCUUGACCUAUCGCACUUGCUCAUGACUAAAGCCAUUGGCGACAAGUUGUUUCUUGCGCCCAUUGACAUGGACAAGACGCAACGCGUUCUGGACAUUGGUACCGGAACAGGGAUAUGUACCAUGGCCAUGGGUGAUGAAUACCCCAACGCAGAGAUCCUAGGAAAUGACCUAAGUGCUAUACAACCGCCUUGGGUUCCUCCCAACGUCAAGUUCGAGAUCGACGACGUUGAGUGCCCAUGGGUGUACUCGAGGCCCUUCGACUUUAUAUUUUGCCGUUAUAUGGCCGCUUGCAUUAAGGACUGGCCAAAGCUCGUCGGUUCCGUCUACGACAACCUAAGCCCGGGCGGGUGGGCAGAGUUCCAGGACUUUGACCUACAAUACUACUCGGAGGACGGCUCGCUGGCGCCGGACUCGCACACGGCGAAGUGGAUCGGGACACUGCUCGACGCAGCUCGGAAGACGGGGCGCGAGCCGUGCCCGGGUCCGAAGCUCGAGGAAUGGGUGCGCGAGGCUGGCUUCACCAAGGUAACGCACCAGCGCUUUCGCCUUCCCAUCGGCGCCUGGCCGAAGGACCCCCAUCUCAAGGAGGUGGGCACCUACAACAUGGCGCAGGUCAUGAGCGGCCUCGAGGCCUUCUCAUUGCGCCUCUUUUGCGGCGUGGCAGGCUGGAGCAAGGAGGAGGUCCUGGCACUGCUGGCAAUGGUCCGGCGCGAGCUCAAGAGCUCGAGCUUACAUGCUCAGUUCGACUUUCACGUUGUUUACGGCCAGAAGCCUGAGCAGAAGGAGUGAGCAGAGGAGCUGGGUGGAAAUAUGUUGGCCGACGGGGAAACUGCAAGAUAGAGUUGAGCGACUAAGGUAGGUUGGGACCCGGUGAGACAAUUUCGUUAUAUGCAGCAUAGAUAGCCAUCAGUGUGGCACUCAAUUUUCAAUGCGAUUGUCCUGUGUCAUUGUAUUCUCUCACUUCCCCCGAAUCAUGCUUCCUGGAAGCCCAGACCACAGGGCUUUGCAAUCUGCCACACUCAUACGGAGA